GAAUGUCUGGAAUCCAAUGUCGUCCGAAUCAUACGAAUGUUUGUGUUUGAUAACUUUGUGUGUUUGAUUGCUCUCAAAAUGACAUAAACACGCUGUAACUUAUGUCGAAUUGCAAAAAUAAUUCCUUAACAUUCACCGUGUUGCAUUUGAAUAGUUAUAAUUUAAAAGACGUUUGCCAACCUUAAAAUAAUGGCGAAUGCAUUACCUGAGAGAACUUUACUCAAGACUAGUGGACUCCAGUGUAAAAAUCUGCACGAUUAUUUGAAAUCUCAAACACCCGAAGUGUUGGACAGACUUUAUCACAAUCCACCGAUUUGUCUCGCGGUUUUUCGCGAAUUGCCUACGAUAGCUAGGCAUUAUGUUAUGAGAUUGUUGUUCCUGGAACGACCAGUGCCUCAAAUGGUCAUCACCUCCUGGUGCUCGAAACUUCAUACCGAAGAACAUCAAAAAGUUGCUCAAGUUUUGAAUGAAUUGAAUGUUUGGAAUGAAGUUUCUAUGUCUGGCGGUUUGCCUGGGUGGACUUUGAAUAAAACUUUUCAAACUAAUUUAAAAAUUGUACUUCUUGGGGGUGGAAAACCCUGGACAAUGUCAAAUCAGCUGGAAACUGAUAGUAAACCAAGGGAUAUCACCUUUUUGGAUUCUUAUGCUUUGGAAAGAUGGGAGUGCGUUUUGCAUUACAUGGUCGGGUCGCAGCAACAAGAGGGUAUAUCAGCGGAUGCAGUUCGAAUAUUACUUCAUGCUGGACUCAUGAUACGUGAGGAGGAUGGAAGCGCAGUAAUUACACAAGCCGGUUUCCAAUUCCUAUUGCUAGAUACCGCAGCUCAGGUUUGGUAUUUUAUCCUUCAAUACUUGAGUACGUUAGAAGCCCGGGGUCUCAACCUAGUCGAAUGUCUAACGUUCCUGUUCCAAUUAAGUUUCUCGACUCUUGGUAAAGACUACAGCACGAAAGGCAUGUCCGAAGGUUUGCUGACUUUCCUGCAACAUCUGAGAGAAUUUGGGCUUGUAUAUCAACGCAAACGAAAAGCUGGAAGAUUCUACCCAACUCGGCUCGCACUUAACAUAGCGACUGGCCAAAACAACCCUUUAUCCAGGGAUUUAGAAAAAGAGCGAUAUAUUGUGAUAGACACUCAUUUCGGAGUUUGUGCCUACACAGACUCAAAUCUACAUGUCGCUCUUCUCGGACUUUUUUGCAGGAUGACUUGCCGGUUUCCUAAUUUAGUCGUAUCAGUAUUAACGAGAGAUUCCGUUCGUCAAGCUCUUAGAAGUGGAAUCACUGCCGCUCAAAUCAUUAAUUAUUUGCAGCAACAUGCGCACAGUCAGAUGAUUAAGGAUGGACCUCCGACUUUACCGCCAACAGUAGUAGAUCAAAUUAAACUUUGGGAAAACGAGAGGAACAAGUUUCAGUUCACUGAGGGCAUUUUAUAUUCACAGUUCAAUUCCCAAAGCGACUUUGAGGUGCUGAGAGAUUACGCGCUUUCCACUGGAUAUUUGAUAUGGCAGAGUGAAAGGAAGCGCACGGUCGUUAUUAAUAAAACUGGCCACGAUGAUGUUAAAAGAUUCUGGAAAAGGUACCAAAGAGGCGCAAACUGAUUCGAAGAGACAGGACUUCUGUAAAUAGGUUUAUUCGAUUUUUAUCCGCUUUACGUAUUUUAUUAAGAAAAUUAAGAAAAAUGUGUUGUUUCUUCCUUAUUCCGAGAAGUAAUGCGUUUUCGAUAUUUAUAUUUGAAGAAAUUGUAAAUAAAAUUCAAUAAUAUAAAA